AUGUCUGAUAUAAGUGACAUUGAAGAAGAUCAGACUGCUCCUAUUGCUCCACCUGGAUUACCCGGUCAGUUCGACCCAAAGCGCCAUGCCCGAGAACAACAUAACGCCCUCGAAAGAAGACGUCGUGACAACAUAAAGGACAUGUACACGAGUCUCCGAGAAGUGGUUCCUGAUACAAAUGGAGAACGUGUUCAGGCUUCGAGGGCUGUAAUUUUGAAACGAGCAAUUGAAACAAUAGAGAAGGGUCAAUCAGAUAGUGCCGCUCUUUCGAUUGAAUUAGCUGCACAAGAAGCAAAGAAUCAACAUCUUAAAGAAGAGGGACAUUCUUCUCGUUCGGAAAAUGCCAAACGGAUCCUCCUCAUUCUCUCCGUAUGCUUCACCUUCUGA